AUGGCGACAACGACCGAGACCCCGACCGCGGGGCUUGAGGCUGGAGGAGCGGCAACGACCGGGCCGAAGCUGCACGGUCGGGCUUUCUACGAGAGCAUUGGAAGUCCAAAGUAUAUCCUCGCUCCCAUGGUGGAUCAAUCUGAAUUCGCCUGGAGAAUGCUGACUCGGUCGUUCAUACCGCCAUCUGAGCAGAAGAACAUGGUGGCCUACACGCCCAUGUUUCACGCGCGGCUUUACAAAGACACGGAAAAUUAUCGCCAGUGCCACUUCCAAGCCGUGCGACCCAGUGACUCGACCGACUCGAACCCGACGCCGCAGGCCUGGCUCGACGGCAACCCCUCCAUCGACCGCCCCCUCUUCGUGCAGUUCUGCGCAAACGACCCCGAUGCUCUCCUCGGCGCUGCGCUUAGGGUCGCGCCGUACUGCGACGCCGUGGAUCUGAAUCUGGGAUGUCCGCAGGGCAUCGCCAAGAAAGGAAAAUACGGUGCUUUUCUACAGGAGGACCAAGAGCUUAUCUUCAAGCUCAUCAACACCCUGCACCAAAACCUGCCGAUCCCUGUGACGGCGAAGAUCAGGAUACUAGAUACUAAGGAGGCAACGCUCGCGUAUGCCAAGAAUGUACUGUCGGCCGGCGCGUCGAUACUCACGGUUCACGGAAGGUUGAGGGAGCAGAAGGGUCACUUGACGGGCUUAGCGGACUGGGGUAUCAUCAAGUGGUUGAGGGAGCAACUGCCGCCGGAAACAGUGCUUUUUGCUAACGGAAACAUCCUGCAGCAUGAGGACCUCCAGCGUGCGUUGGACGCCACCGGCGCAGACGGCAUCAUGAGCGCCGAGGGAAACCUCAGCGAUCCCACCAUUUUCAGCCCGCCGCCUGGAUCCGGGACUGAGACGCGGGAGUACUGGCGCGGCAAGGACGGCAAGGGUGGGUACCGCGUGGACGCGGUGAUGAGGCGAUACAUGGACAUCUUGCACAAGUACGCCGCGGGCGAGGAGCCACCUUCGAGGCGACCCCUCUUCGUGCCCGGCGACGACAUGGCGUGGAUGGAGGAAAUGGACAAGGCCCUGGCGGAAGAGGAUGAACCGGAGCGCAAGAAGCGCAGGAAGGACACGCCUAAGCUUGGGAAGAGCCGGACGCUGAGCCCCAACUAUUCGGCAAUGCAGCCGCACAUGUUCCACCUGCUCCGGCACUUUGUGUCGAAGCACACCGACGUGCGGGACCUGCUCGCCAAGAGCCGGGCCGGUGACCUGGAGGCGUACGAGAAGAUUCUGAGCAUGGUGGAGAGGAAGGUCGCGGACGGGCUGAUUGAGUACGAGAAGGUCGGGGCUGCGAUGUUCGAGGGCGACGAGGUCCUGGGCCCCGCGGCGGAUGCGGAGGAGGUGGUCGAGGAGAACGGGGAGAGCUCCAGGGGCGCCAUCAAGCGGUGCAAGAGGCCGUGGUGGGUUGUGCAGCCCAUCAUCCGGCCUUUGCCCAAGGAGGCCAUGGCCAAGGGCGCCGUGUCGUUGAGCAAGAAAGACAAGGCCAAGCUGGGCAAGGCGGAGAAUGGUGAGAUUGCCAACGGUGAGGCUGCGGUGGCGGUCAACGGGGAGGCCGAGAAGGAGAAGACGGCGGGGCAGAGUGUUCAGGAGAAGGUCCUGGAGACUGACGACAAGUUGCUCGCGGGUUGA